AUGAAGACGACACGACAUGAUGUGGAUCACGGCGACCAUGGAACAUCGACCAUCAGGAUUGGCCCAUCCGUAGCGAGCUCUGGACCCAACGGAGCUUGGACUAAUUGUGUCAAGGCUUUGCGGGAACACGACCAACAUCUGAUACAGGGUUGGAAGGAAGAUGUGGACAGUCUCCUAGUCUUUGCUGGUCUCUUUUCGGCAGUCGUCACGGCGUUCAACAUUGAGUCAUACAAGCUGCUACAAGAAGAUCCUGACGAGAAGACGGCGAAGCUGUUGGGCCAGAUCUCCGCACAGCUCGCAACAAACGCGGGGACAACAACGCCGCAAUCUCCCGCCGAGAGCGCGGCGUUCUCUGCGGACGCGCGUUCUGUCCGCAUCAACAUUCUGUGGUUCUCGAGCCUCGUUCUCAGCCUUGUCUCCGCUUCCGUGGGCAUUCUCACGAAACAAUGGUUGCGCGAGUACACGCGCAAUGCCGCAAGCUCUCCCCGCGAAAACGCGCGUAUCCGUCAACUUCGUCACGAAGGUUUCGUGAGGUGGAACGUACCAUUUACCAUCGCCCUCUUGCCCAUCCUCCUCCAGGUCGCGAUGGCGCUCUUCUUCGCCGGCCUCUUGGAUCUCCUCUGGAGCCUGAACACCUCCGUUGCGGGAGUGAUUACCACCAUAGUCACCAUAUCGCUUGGUUUCCUUGUUCUCACCACGAUCAUGCCGACAUUCCGGGGUGACUGCCCCUACAAGUCGCCGCAGGCGUUGGGCGUAUACCUUGUGUUGCAGGGACUCGCGCGUCUUCUAUCACUUGCCGCGCACAAGAUAUACUCGUGGCUAGGUUGGUAUCGCCCUAAGUGGCCGCUCAUCAUCGAUCCAUCCAUGUUCCGCAGGUGGCGGCGUCUCCUCGCUGCGUGGCUCCUCAGCCUGAUCCACAGGCGAUUCUUUGGCACUUGGCGCGAGCGCGAGAUGGCUAUCGUGCAUGACUCGGCGUCCAAGUUGGACCACCGGCUGCUCGCGGACGCGGACGCGACGUUCAUGGAGGACGACUUCUUGUGCCGGACGAUCAGCUUCUGUCUCAACGACACGGAGUGCCCCGCAGCGGUCGACUGUUUGCACGAAAUCAUCACCCAUCGUGCAGACACUGUGUUGCACGGCAUACCACACUGGCGCCAUCGCGAAACCGUCGACUCUGGCGUCAGCCUUCUCCUGCACCUCAUCUUAGACGUCCUCCCCCGGAUAGAUCGAGCGGACCGCGCAGGUAUAGAUAAGAUGCUUACCCUGACCGACAGUCUUUGCCGCGCUAUCCCUUUCGAGACCGAGCACUACGACGCUGUGACGCUGUACCAGCGUCUCUUUGACGUCUUGGCUCGGUUCUUGACCCACGAGGAUUCCGUGAAGAUGCGCUCCUUUGGGAUUAUGCAGCGGAUAUGGGCGCGGUCCUGCGCACCUAUUCAUCCUGUUGUCAUACAGAGGAUCAUCUCCUUCGCGCGCACCGCGAAGCAGGGCAGCGACUACAACGCCUUCCACGUCGCGUGCGAGAUGACGCUCGCUUUCUCCACCGCCGCGACGUUCCCCCGGCUCGACUUCGACAGCAUCAAGAACGAGCUGCGGCUCAUGCUCGCCGACCUCGAGACAUACUUCACCACCCCCGAGUCCGGGACGAGCGCACUUGGCUCGGGGCAGAUCGCGUCGAUCCUGCUCGCGCUCGAGGAGCUGAACGAGAUCGAUCCGGGACUCAUCGUCAGCACCAAGCUACGCGAGCUGCUCGACUCCGUGAAAGUGCGCAACGAGGGCCCCACGCGCGUCGACCCGGAGAUCGUGUCGAGCUUCUGGCGCGGCCGCUUGGAGAACGCACGGUUGCUGCGCGAGUAUCGUGAGCGCCAUCCGCAGGCGACGAUGGGCCGGCGCAGGAAUACCACAGCCCCUAGGCCUAACGUCCUCGAUAUCGACCUUUCGCGAGCCGCAACCCAGACGAACGGCGCUCCGCCAGUGGCGCCGUCUCACUCUGCACCGGCAUCGGGCCAGGGUACAACUGAGAACCUCAGGGGACCGUCGCGCAGCCAGACAGCCGCCACCGCGCCAGCCGGGUCUCCGAUUUUGCCAAGCAUCAAUCUCGAUAUCAUAGCUAUGCAUAGUCCCGGCCUCGUCUCUGAAGCUUCGCCGAAUCGCGACAACCUUGGUUGGACCCCGACGCUAGGCCACCACUCUGGAUCACUUGAGACGUCAACGAGUCCGACGGCGGUCAACAUACACGAAAGCCCCCAAUCUCUCGCUGCUGCCCUGGAUGAUUGUGGAGUAAAUCCUUGACUCUAGGCUUCGUCUCCGUUGGGGAGGGGUAUUUUCAGCGAUGUCGUGGACCUCUACUGCACUCCUUUCGCGACAGCGUCCUUGUCCUCGGAUCAGACCGUAUUCUUGGCGUCUUGGGCUACCUUGAGAGGCGCCCGCUUUGUGGCGUCGGUUGUGGCGUCGGUGGCGGUGCUGAAGCUGCAGCGUUGAAGUGCCGCGCCCCGUCACUAGCCUGGUCCCCCUCCGCACGCAGGACCCAAGCGAAAGCAAUGCCACGACGUUCGACGAUGCAAUGGAAAGACGUCGUCUAUAUUCCCUCGCCGCAACGGUACACCACAUCUUUCCCAACUUCCAAGUGCGUGUAGAACAAGCAAACGCAUGCUUUCGGCGAUGCCUCCGCAGGCCUCUCUUCACCCAGACCGGGGGCCGGGACGGGGACGAGCUGAAUGAAUACCUCGUUUUGGCGAUCAGCAUUCCCUCC